CUCGCCCAGAGUCAGGAGCGACAGGCCAUGACUGGCAGCACCACAUAGCAAGUUAGCAUUGGGAUCAUUAACACUUCUGCUGGAUCAAUACAUGUGUUGUUGUUUUCUAGUUGCUGGGAAAAGACCAAGCAGAGACUAAAACAACAUCUAUCACUGCCUCCUGGAACGCCUGAAACAUGGCUCACCUCCAGAGUGUGCAGAAGAAGACCAGCACCAUGUCCCUGACCAUCUCCUCUUCCUCCUCUGCCUCCGCCUCUCGGGAGCUCUCCUCCUCCUCCUCCUCUUCCUCCUCCGUGCUCGCUCAGAAACACUCCGGCCUGGUGCAGCCGCUGCUUGUCAGCCCUCCAACCAGUCAGAGUCCCAUCUUAAAUCAACAGUACUCAGGGACAGGAGUGGCCCCUACUUUUGUUAAGGGCCUCCAUGAUGUGUCCACAGUGAACGGGCAGCUGGUGGUCCUGGAGUGCAGACUGAGGGGAACCCCCCCCCUGCAGGUCAUGUGGUACAGAGAGGACGAGCAAGUACUGGACUCGGAUGAUUUCAGGAUACUACGCAAGAAGGCCAGCUCUGCAUCAGUGCCAGAGGAGCUGUGCACACUGGUGAUCACAGAGGCCUUUCCAGAAGACUCGGGCAUUUUCAAAUGUGUCGUCAUCAACCCCUUCGGCACGGUCUCCUGCUCUGCCAUCUUAGAAGUUUACAAUGACCUGGAGGAGCAGCUGGAGGUGGAGGCAGCCAGUCAGCAGGUAGCAGCUUCUCUCCGACAGGAGCAGGAAGCCAUGUUCCAUCAGGAGACUUUCAGCGACGACUUUCCAUCAGAGCUGCCUGACUCCAUGACCCUUCCCCCGCCUGAGUGGCCUGAGAGCCCGCUAGAAGAUAACAGCCCAGUUGCAGAUUUUCCAGAGCCUCAGCCGGCGUACUACUGCUCUGAGGAACCGUUUGGUCGCAGUGAGGAGGAGAGAGCCCUGAGCUCAGAGGGCCAAAGGUCACCAGGGGUCACCGUCCGCGCCUUUACGCCCAGCCCUCCCCCCCCACCCUCACCACCACCACCAGCCCACGUCAACGAGAAAACUACACCAAAGCUGUUCAGCCCAAGCAGGCUCAUUUUUACUUCUUCCCAGCCUGGAGGAAACAGCACGAACAUGUCAGACCUGCCGUCCUUCACUCCCAGCGUCUUCCCUCCCAGCGCCUUCAACUACGAGCGGCCGAGGCAUUUCAUCCAAUCACAGGCGGCCUUUCAAGCCCCCAGCUACGAGAGCGUUCUGAAAGAGGCCCAUGAGAACCAAAACAACUCUCAACAGAACCUCAUCAGCUCCCAACAUGUUACAGAGACACAGAGCCAAGCCAAAGUGAUGUCUGCCCAAAGUCAGUCUUUCUCUCAAACUCAGUCGGUGUCCAAGUCCAUGUCGCAGACGCAGGCACAGUUUCAGUCACUGAGCCUCAGUCAGAACCAAACCCAGUCUGUGGCGCAGACCCAGGCCCAAACCCAGGUUCAUAGCCAUGCCCAGGCUCAGUUACAAUCCAAAACCGAGGCCCAUACCCAGGCUGUGAUGCAAACACAAACCCACACCCAGGCCCAGGCCCAAACGCAGGUUCAUAGCCAGGCCCAGGCCCAGGUUCAUACCCAGGCCCAGGCCCAGGUUCAUAGCCAUGCCCAGGUUCAUAGCCAUGCCCAGGCUCAGUUACAAACCCAAACCGAGGCCCAUACCCAUUCCCAGGCCCUGAUGCAAACACAAACCCACACCCAGGCCCAGGCCCAGGUUCACACUCAGGUUCAUUCUCAGGCCCAGGCUCAGGCCCAGGUCCAGAUCCAGUCCCAGGCCAAUGGCACCAGCAAGUCCUCUCCAUCCUCUUCAAGUCUCAGCUCUCCUAUCUCCACCCCUGCCUCCUCCUCUGCUCCUUCAUCCUCCCCUUUCCCCGCCUCCUCCGCCCCUUUCCCCCCCCCGCCAUCCUCCCCUUACCCACCCUCUCUCCCCCGCACCACCAUGCGUUCCACCAUCACCCUCACCCCCAGCAUCCCCAGUGCCACGGGCCUGGGCAGCGCCACCCUGCCCGCCAACCAGGACUCCAUGUCGGCCCCGGCGGCGUUCCUCUGCUCCGUGCUGCCCUCCCCCUCUGCCUUCUCCCCUUUCUCCUCCUCCAAGCUGUCCCCCAACUCCAGCCUCCCCCACCCCUCCAUCUCCCCCGCCCGCUCGCCACUCUCCCCCUUUCCAUCUCCCCUCCCUCAGCAGCAUCUCCCAGUGUCACCUUGCCUCCCUCGCUCCCCUCUCUCUCCCUCCUCCCCCUCAUCUUUCCCGCAACCCAACACUCCCAACGGUCAGAGCAGAGUCCCCCCCGCUGUGGUCUCCCUGCCCGCCAGCUACAAGGCAGCACCAAGCAUCCUUCCAAAGCCCAUCCUGAAGAAGGCUGUGGCUCCGCGGCCCUCUUCCUCUCGCUCCACCGAUGAUGACAUCCAGGGCUCCAAAGACGCCCUCAUCCAGGAUCUGGAGAAGAAGCUGCGCUCCAAGGAGGCCAGGAGGAGAGGCAGCCAGAAACUGUCCUAUGAGGAGCGUAUGGCUCGUAGGCUGCUGGGUCCAGACAACGCCAACUCCAUGUUUGACCAAGACGGUCUCUCAGACUCACAACUCGACCAGCCAGAAGCACCAGAAGGAAGACACACAGGAGGAUUAUGGGGGAGGCGCCACACAGGGACGGAUGAGAGGGGGAAUGAGGGCUCAGCUAUCCAGGAGAAGUCGUACGCUCCUCGCUUCCUGCAGAUCCCUUCAGACCUCACUGUGGAGGAGGGGCGCUUCUGUAGGAUCGACUUCAAGGUGGGAGGCCUCCCUACUCCAGACGUGUGCUGGUACCUGGACGGUAAAGCCAUUCGCCCGGACGACUACCACAAGAUGUUGGUGUGUGAGAAAGGGAUGCACUCCUUCAUCAUAGAGAUCGUCACCGUGCACCACGCCGGGGUAUACGAGUGUGAGGCCAGGAACCGAGCGGGGGAGAGCAGAUUCACCAUGAGGCUCGAUGUAUUAGCCCAGGAGGCUCUCCGCCCCCCCACCUUUGUCCAGAAGAUGUUGAACUCCAGAGUUCUGGAGGGAGACACGGUGAGGUUAGAGUGCAAAGUGGAUGCUUCCCCCCCUCCGCAGCUCCACUGGAAGAAAGAUAAAGACAUGCUGCGGAUCGACCCAAACAGAAUGAGUCUGUAUGAGGACGGGUCGGGCCGGCAGUGCUUGUUGAUAGAGAGGCUGAUGAAGUCUGACGCCGGCUGGUACACCCUCUCUGCCAUCAACGAAGCCGGCAUGUCCACAUGCAACGCCAGGCUGGACGUCGGCACUCGCAAAGCCCCGAAGACAGUGCCCCCUGGCUCCAAGACGCUGAAGCUGCUGUCCUCGCUAAAACACGUGCCCUCUCUGACCGUGGAGACCCCCGCCCAGCACACCGCCCCUCUGUACGAGAGUGAAGAGCUGUAGAGCCUCGCACAACCCUGUCACAUCCUCACAUAACAUCACACAUUUCAGAAGUGUCAAAACUGGGCCUGGCAGAGGUUUUACUAAGUAAGCUUUGGUUCAGAUUUACAGCAGUGCAGCAGACCAGGACACAAAAACACUGCGUGGCCAUUUUGACUGAUAAACUCUACAGGUUCACUCUACAUUUCUUGGAAAAAUGAGGUAACAUGUUUGCCAAUUUUUUAAGAUCAAGGCAAAAUUACAGUGAAAAUCUAUGUACUAAAUAGUGAAAUAUUAUGGUACAAAAUGUGCCUUCAAAACCACAACUCUAACCAAAAGGAGCAGUUGGUAGCUACUUUGAUUGAAAUGUUUCCAUAGUGUUUUGCCUUCUGCGUUAAAAUAAGCCCUCAUCAUGCUGCCCACCUGCUGCUGUUUCUCCCAGUGUGCCUGUCCUUUCUCUGCAGACCUGAUGUUUGAUACAUGCCUCUAAGCCUCUCCUGCUGUCUGUCAUGCUCUCAGCUGAAUGGUGCCUUCAGGUCAUGGCUGUAUUAAUAGACCUGGAUAACGUGCUGCAGACUGCACUUUAAUCCUGACAACUGUCAGCUUGUGCCUCGAUUUUGUAUUCGAGCCUUCCAAAGUCCCUGAAUCACGGCUUCUGAGGAUGUGCGUCCGUAAAGCUCCAUUAAUGAGAGGAGAUCCGAGAGCUCUGCUGAGGUAUAAAUGUGUUUUAAAAGUUGUUUAACGAUAUACAGUGUGAAUUCAGCUAUUUAUUUGAAGGUUAUUAGUUAUCAGUGUUGCCCCCUCUCUUGGCCUGAGGUGUAUCAUGGCUGCCAUGCUGAUACCCAGCCUGAACAUAAAACCUGAUCUGCACUCAAAAAGACACUCGCAACUAACUUAAUCAAGUUUACAUUUGAUCACAUCUGCAGUGCGGAUUACACGUUUUUACAUUUCACUCAAAAAGAGAAUAUCAGUAUUUUUUCUCCUUCGAUGCAAUAAUCCUGUUCAGUAGGUAUCAGUAUGUCAGCCAAACUCAAAAUGUCUGACCGGUGCCUUACAUAUAAAGAAGCUUGAUCUGUCUGCAUACUUUAAAACUUUUGUUACUGCCAGCCAUUAAGUAAUUUCACAAAGGAAAUGUAUACUUGGCUGGAUAUGCAUGCAAAGAAGAAUAUCUGAUAUUUAACCCUGCGUGGCCACAAACUACCUGAAAUAAAGUAUUUUUACAACGUAUCAAACAGGGUUGAACAUUGGAUUUGCUUAAAGAAGAAUAGUUCUGUGAGAUUUUAAACUGCAGGUAGUAGUGUGUAUUGUUUGUUGUGUAAGUUCUACAUAUCACUGGAUGAAUGAGGAAUAAAGUUUAUGUGACCUUG